GUUCUCAUCUCAUUUUGCAUCUCCCACUGAAACCAAUAGGAUGAGUGCAUACGCUACAACAGCUUUUGCUCACUUGUUUGGCCUCCUUGCCCUCAUUCUCUUGCUUGUUUGGUUGCUGCAUUACCGCGAGGGGAUUGAAUAUGAUUCUGACAACCCAUUUCGUGUUUUCAAUGUUCACCCUUUCAUGAUGUUCUUUGGGUUCAUUUUCUUUGUUGGUCAAGCAAUACUAGCAUACCACUCGAUACCAGGGCAACAUCAAACACAGAAGAUCAUCCACAUGACACUUCAUUUGAUAGCAAUAGUUCUUGGGAUUGUUGGUAUAUGUGCCGUUUUCAAGUUCCAUGAUAUGGUGAGGUUGGAGGAUGUUUACAGCCUCCAUUCAUGGAUUGGCAUUGGCACCUUUUGCUUGUUUGGCUUGCAGUGGGUUUUUGGACUUGCGGUUAUGUUUCAAGGAUCUCUAGAAUCAAGGGCUGCGGCGGCUCCAUGGCACGUAGCUUGUGGUAGAGCACUAUUUUUCAUGGCAAUUUGUGCUGCAUUAACAGGCUUGAUGGAGAGGUAUACUAUGUUAAAACCACAGCUACAUCAGAGAGAAUCUCGUUUGAUCAACUUCACGGGUCUCGCAAUUCUCCUAUUUGGAGUUUUUGUUGAUAUCACUGUUGGUUUGGCCCGUUUUCCCUGA